AGGAAUAAACUCAAUUAUGUCAACACACUGUACAUUUCACAAUUAGUAUUGGUAUUUAAAAUUCUAAAAUUUAAUGUUUACAUUAUGUUUGAUUCUAGUAAUAUUUAUUAUCACACUGCUAUUGAAAUCUCAUCCAAGAAACAGAGAUUUAUCAAAAUGUGAUCCAAUGAUAGUAUUACAUGAAGGUGAAAAACUAUAACUCUUACUAAAAAUCAGACAUUAUAACAGUAAAAAUUGGUUUUUAAAAAAAUAUGCCAUUUCAAAGUCUUUGAAAAUAAUAAAAGAAACCAAAGACAGAGCUGUGAAAUAUUUGAACAUUGGUAUGGACAACAACAGAAGCUAUCCAGAUAGUUAUUACAACUAUGGGGAAUACAAUGAAUACCAGAAUUACAGACAACCAUCAUCAUCAAGGAAUGAAAAUUUACUGCCUAAGGAAACUGUUCUAAAAGCAUCGGAUGGAAACAAAUCUUAUUAUAGAGGUCAAGAAAACUUUCAGGAUAGUUAUUCUGAAGAUCAAUCAUGGAAUACGCAAACAAGAAGGGUACCAAACCCUUCUUAUUCAAUGUUUCCAUCAUCACAUAAGAAAAACUUGAGCCAUUCUGUAGCAGAUUCACAGCUGCGGAAUAACUUGCCACAAACACGUGACUUGCCUAUUAAAGGAAUUUUAGUAGGUGGACACAAUGGAAAUAAUUUGGAAGGAAUGCACAGAAAUAAUAUUUCAGAGCAAGGAAUGACACAAGAAAGAAAAGAAACGAAUCAACGAAGAGUUAAAACUCCACAAUCAAAUUACAGAUUACCUCCUUACAGGGACAAUGAAAAUCUGAUGGCAACAUUAUGUGGAGGUGAACCAGUGAUAGAUAUGGAUGAUAGUCAAUAUUACUUAAUAAAUGACAGAAAACUAGGACCAGACAAUGACAAAAAUUUUUAUGAUGAUUAUAAUGAGCAGACAGAUGAUGAAAUAUCGUAUAAAGAAGGAAAUGUGUAUGAUUAUAAUGCUACUGAUAAUGCGUAUGAGUCCUCCAUACGUGAUAUGGCUAUGUUUGAUCCCAGAGAGAGAGCAAAUAAACAAUUCCCAAAACCAAUGCAUGGUAAUAGCCACUGUGAAAAACCUGAGAGUUCACCGUAUAGCAAUAAUGAUGAUUAUUAUAUGGUUCAACAACGGAAUACUCCAAGUUCAUCACAAGGAUAUAAUCAAAGUAGACUACAAAAUUUGAAUAGGAAUAGAACUUUAAUGCACUCUCCAUCUAAUAGACAAGAGAUGUAUAAGCAAUUAGCUACUGAAAAAUUAAAUGAAACAUUUAAUGAAUUAAAAAAUGCAGGUUUGAAUGAGAAAAAUGAAGAAUAUAAACCUCAAAGACAAGAUAGUUUUGCUGGAAUGGAUAGGUAUAAAUAUCAAGACUUGAUAAAUGAGAACACUAAAAGAUCAGCAAUGAUGUCUCAUUUGAAUAAAUACAAAACUAGUAAUGAUAAUGAACAGAUUAAUAGGAGAUUGUAUUAUCCUUUGAGCAAAACACAAGAUGCAAGCUGUAAUACUAAUAGGAAAAUCCAGAUGGGUCCAGAAGAACUGAAGUCCAAAAACAGCUCCCAAGGAGAACCUGGAUCAUUUGUCCAUAUGCAUAAAGAAUAUCAGAAUUGUCCGUCUGUCCCAGGUUGUUGUGUUGAUGUCUAUAGCAAUUAUAGGAAAGAAAAGAUUCCAGACAGCAUGUAGAGAAUCGAAUAAACUUGUCCAUGAUGGUCGAUGAACAUUUGCCCUAAAUCAGUUGAAUAAAUUUUUAUUCAUUGUUU